CAUUGAGCCAAGCUUUUUACAUUGAUAUUUGCAGCAGUGGGUGUUAGUACGGCAAGAAGUGUGAAUAGAUCAACAUGGCAUCAAGUUUGAAAUUUUUAUUCGGAUCGGGUGUAAUAUUGGGCUUGGUUUUCAUGAGUUUGGCCCAAAGCCAAGGUGGCUGGGGUGGCAAUAGCGGCCAGCCAGGACAACCCGGUCAGCCUGGAGAAUGGGGCAAUAGUGGCUCGACCAAUUAUGGUGGUUCCAGCGGCCAGGGUAGUUAUGGCAGCUAUGAUCAUAACGAUCAACAUAGAUAUCACGCCAUAUCUUCCUCGACAUGUUGGGCGCCCAGUGCCACUUUGCUAACCUUUGGCUUAUUGUCAAUUGCAGCCGUUUUGGCAACUAACAACCUAAAGCAGAAACUUUUUUAAUGUGGUGAUUACUUGCUUUUUGUAUCAAUGAAU